UUAAAACAGCUAGGUUAUGUGGUCAGUGCAGUUCUGCUAAAAUUCACAAAUUGCUUCAUUUUACUCUAAAAUCAAAACACUUGAUUUUUCUCAUUUUGUAUCCGUGGACACGUUUGGUAAGGAAAAAUUAUACUUCUUAGCUUCUUAAAUUCAAAUUUUCAUUUUUGCAAUUCUUCGUUUUCUGCACUGACAUCUGUCCUUUAUUUCUAAGCUCUGCAGAUGUGGUAAUCCACUGCGUGUAUGAGACAAGUUUCUGGUGUGGAUCUGAAAUAAGGAAGUUGCUUUAAAAGGCUAUGAAUACUUUUUUAAAACAAGUGAUAUGGUUUAAAAAAUGAAAAGUAACAGUUUUAUCAUGUUUGCAAAUCGAGAGAACAAGUUUCUGUCUGUGAACACGGUGACCAUCAACGUUUUACUGAGUGUCCUCUUCAUUUCAGGUGAUCUGGCCCCUUGUGAUGAGCCAGUCUUUUUCAUUACUACGCCAGAGAAGAUGGAGGCACUGACCGGAUCUUGUUUGCAAAUCCCAUGUAACUUUGGAGUUAAAUCAGAAGAGGAAUUGAAAACCACACACUCUAUCGGUGGAGUGUGGAUUAAAAGGGACUCCAGAUUUGCCACUUUUCCAGAAAAUGUGAUCUUCAACAGUAGCAGCGCAGCUCACACCUAUCCAGUGAAUAUUACUGGAAACCUGAGAGAGAAAAACUGCACCACUAUAUUUUCCAAUUUGACCACAUUUUACACAGACAGAUUCUUCUUCAGGAUUGAGAUAGGGUCAUUCGUGGCAACAGCUGUUUGCCAUUCUCUUCAAAUAAAUGUUAACGAUUCUGCUCUGAGCCCCAAAAUUGAAAUCACAGGCGAUCUGAGGGAGGGGGAGUCUGUCAAUAUAACCUGCUCAGCUUUAACUCCCUGUCCACGCUCCCCUCCGAAACUCACCUGGGACCUCCAACAAGACCCCCGCAACAAAAAAGAGGAAAACACUGAUCGAACCGUAACAACUAAAAUCAGGCAGACCAUCACUCUGUCAGAAAAACAUGACGGAUACAACAUCACCUGUUCUGCCAGCUAUCCUGUGAAUGAAGGAAGACAUUUCAAGACAGCAAAGCAUAAAAUUACCCUCAGUGUUUUAUAUGCCCCCAAGGACACCUCAGCAUCCAUCAGUCCAUCAGGUUUGGUGCCAGCGGGUAGCUGGGUGAACCUGACCUGCUCCAGCAGAGCCAAGCCUCCCAUCAGACGCUUCACCUGGUUCAAGCAGAGCACAGAUGGACCCAUGAAUGUAUCUGAAGGACACUUUUACAGUUUCAGGGCCACAUAUGGAGCAGUUUAUUACUGUGUGGCCACCAAUGAUGUUGGUAAUCACAGCUCAUUAGAGAUCCGUCUGCUUAUUAAAGGAGAAGGUCUGCAAUGGGAACCAGUUCUUGGAGGAGUCAUUGGGGUCAUCUUUCUCAUCUGCUUGAUAGUCUGUGUUUGGCGUUUAAAGUCAACACGACAGACUCAGAGUCAAACAAGUGAAGAGCUUGUUAUUGAAGAGUCAGCCAGUAAAACAGAAGAAGAAAACAUCCAUUAUGGAGAGAUCGACUUCUCCAAGCUGAGACCUGCACCGUCCUCUGACUCCCUGCAGGACAGUGGACAGCAGCAGGAUACGGUGUAUGCACAGGUCAAAGUGUCCGAGACAGCAAACAGCUCCAAACACACUGCUGACAGCCCAGAAGAUCUCUACGCUCAAGUGAUGAAAAAAUGAGGACUGUUAGGUUUGUGUAAAGACAAAGGUUACAUGGGGUAAUUUAAAAGAAUUUGCCUUUAUUUCUAUAUAUUCAUAAUGUUUCUAUAUCAGUUGAGGUAGAGAAAGACACUGGAACAUGAACAGGAAACUUCACUGCCUCCGUUCAAUAAGAAGAAACUCAAAACCUUCACAUCCUGCAGCUUUUUAUGUCAGCGAUAAACAUGUUCAUAUUUAUGUGCUGACUUCACACAUCUCUGAGAAGAAAACUUCUUUUUAAACUUAAAAAAUGUUUUGUGUUAUAUUAUUUUGUGACAUCUUAACAAGGUAUUGCUAGAAAUAAUCGUGUUUACAUAUGUACUGUGUGUCAAUUUUCUUCAUACAUUCAUUUGUAUUUUAUUACUGUGAAACUGAAGAUUUAACUUUUUUUCAUAUAAGCCAUCAACUCCUCAGUAUUCUUCAAACUACUUGUCUUCAACAAUAUGCAGAUGAUAAAAUGUCAGAAACGAAAACACUUGUUUUGUACAAUUUUUAUCUAAGAGGUCUUUAAGGUCAACAGUGUCCCGUUGUGUGUAGAGGUGUAAGUUUUUUUGUUUGCAAGUGACAGAGGGUAGUGUUGUGAUUACUGGUCUCUGGUGCAGCAGCAUCACCUGCUGUCCAACCCAACAAAUUACCAGCUGAAAUCAAAUCUCUCCAUCUGCUUUUAAACCACAAAUCAGACAGUCUUGCCUUGUAAAUAAUAAACUGCUGACAGUUUCAGGAGGAAAAUGGCCUCAGUUAUAUGAUCAGAUCAGGUUUAUGUUUUUUCUCCUGCAGCUCUGAACAACUUCCUUGACUUUAAAACUUAAAAAAAAAACUUUAUUGACACAUCCAGUCAGUAAAUCCUGCUGACAGACUCAAACUUUGAUCAACAGAUUCACAGAUUCAAUUUAUUCUAAUGAAAUCAGAAACAGAAGGAAAGUCUCUGAAUUAGAACAGUAUACUGCCCUUGUACUGCUGUGUCCUGUGAAUGCUGUUCUGAACUGCCCCCUCACAACAGUGUGGGGGCACAACAGUGCACAACAUUAUCCUAACAGAGUUACAAAGUUUUUAUGUAUGGGGCAAGAAUGGUUGAUGGGGCAGAGGAUGCAGUCUGGGUCUGGGAGGAAUGAAACACAACAGCAAUUGAGAGAGGAGCAGUGCUGGGAACUGUUGAACAGGAGACAGAAGAAGGGGCUUGGGGGAGAAAUGACACUGGAGGCAUGAAUGUGGAUGUGGCUGCUGGGGUAAGAACUGAGAGAUAAGGGUGGACAAAGACACAUCCUGCAGCUGGAGGCUUUGGUUGCAUGCAGUUUAGAAAUUAGCUCAGAAGGUUGGAAAUUAUAGACUACUCCAUGUGCAAUAUACAUAAGUGUGUCUGAAAAAACUUUGUUAGCAAACCAAAUAUUUCCACUGUUUUUUGCCUUUAGAUUUUCAUUUAGCUGCCAUCUCUUUAAACCAGCUGACAAAAGCCAUUGAAUUGUUGCUUUGUGAACAAAUACAGAGUGAAAUUAUUGCAGAAGAUGUUUUCCUUAGUUUUUGAAUAAUGUGAAUAAAAUAAAUA